GUCCAACAUUAUCGGUGCGAACGGCGCAUGACCACCAACACAGGACAGGUUAAAAAGCUUUUACAGUGGAAAGAGAGAUUCGUCUUUACAGGUUUUUUAAAAUUAUACAAAAAAUAUUUAUCAUCUUCUACAAAAAGCCUGAUCAAGGACAAGGUCUUUCCAAAGAAUUUAAGUAAGUUCAUGUUAGACUAUUAGAAUCUAAUUUAGCAAUCUAAUAACGUCAAUUCAACAAAAUUUCAUGAUCUGAUGUUUUUGAUGGAAGAACCUACCCUGAGAUAUAGAUUAGUUUCCCGCUCCUUGAUCUCGCGGGCGUAGUCUGUCCCACUGGGGACAAUGGAGUGACGGUGCUCCUCGCGUCGAUUCAGCAAAUUUAUAGUAUCUUCUUUGGUCAACCUAAGACCACCGGUCAUGGGGCUUCGAAGUUUAGUAACUUGUGCACUGGACGGGCACGGAUUAUUAAAAAAUGCCCUCAGUUCAUCCAUUUUAAGUACUGCUCAAGGUCCUAAUACUGCAUUAAUGAUCAAGAUCUACUAGAAAAAAGAAUUAAAAACGAUUUUAUUUCAAUUAGCAAAAGCAAAACUGAAAAACCAGGGGCUGCACGCUUUCAUAGUAAUGACGUUUGUUCAAAAUUUUCGUAUAAAGUGCUGCCUCUAGUGACAGGAUCAACGUAACAAAAAGAAGAUGUCGCUAGUAUCUCAAAACAUGUCGGACCUACUACUUUACCGACAAGACCGAUAGCUAUCAAAAAGAAUGUCAAAGUCAAAAUGAACAUUCACAAUAUGGCUGACUGUGUUGUGGUUGUGCGUACGAGUCGCUAUUAAUUUGUGCUCUUAGUUUUUGCAGUGUUUACCUUUUUACGUUGAGUUGAGCUUGUAGUUCCUCCGUAACUUCGCGAUAUUGGACGCUUUGCGAUUGUGGACGCUUAUUUUGUUGUUUUGUGAUUAAGUGUGUUUAACGACACAAUUGAAUCACUAUGCCUAAGCGCUGUGCGUUAGGAUGCCCACCCAUUGGUGUGUCCAAUCAUGUUUUUCCGCACCCCAAACGGUUUCCCGAGACAUUUAAAGCUUGGGUAGAGAUUAUUGGGGGGAAAUUAGAAACUCCUGAAGACUACAAAUUGUAUAGGAAAAUGAAAAUCUGUGACAUUCACUUCACAGAUAAAGAUAAAAACAGAAACAAUCGAUUAAAUUGCUUAGCCAUUCCGACAAUGUUUUUACCAGGCAAUUGUGACGAACAUGUCUCUACGCCAUCUUUGGAUGUUGCUCAACCUUUGUUAUCAGAAGAAAUUGUUAUAGAUCUUCCUCAGAGACAUGCCUUAGCACCAAUUGACUUGAAUAUUGUUCAGCCUUCAACAUCAAUACAAGAGUUUAGAGAUUCCCCUGAAAAAUGUACUGUUUCUGCUCCAUGUGAGCCCAUUGCGUUGGAUGUUAAACAUUCAACAUCGAAAGAAAAUAUACCAGGUUCCUCUGAAAAACAUACUUUUGCUGUUCCAUCUGUGACCAUUGCGUUGGAUGCUGUCCAAAAUUCAACUUCAAAGCAAAAUGUGCCAAAUGCAGGAUCAGUGUUACUAGAACAUAAUUAUUUCAAGCAAGAAAUUAAUAACAAACGGCAGCCUUUGAUACUAACUACAAGAAAGAAAAAUCCAUCUCAAAGAAAGCAUCAACAGCAAAUAAAGAAUUUAAAAAGACAAAUAAACAAGUUACGGAAGCAAGGAAGAGAUUUUAAAUCCAGAUUGUCAAAUGCUGAGAAAAUUAAAGAUGACAUUGCGUUUAAACGGGUAACGAGAAAUAUGUCUUCUCCUGCAAAGAUAUUUACAAAAAUGCAGUUUAGCCAGACUUAUAAAAAGCCGUCCGGCCGACGUUUCUCUUUAGAGGAAAAAAUACUUUCUCUGUCUCUUUUUAAGAGAAGCGCAAAAAGUUAUACUUUACUGGCCAAAUUAUUUACCUUGCCGUCGACAAAGACGCUUCGAUCUCUUUUGGCUCAAAUUAAAAUUAAGUCUGGCUUAGUGAAUAUAAUAUUUGAAAAAAUAAAAGAUACUGUUCAGAAAAUGAAUGUGGAAGACAAAUUAUGCAUACUCAUGUUUGAUGAGAUGUCCUUAUCACCACAAGUGCAUUACGAUAGAGCCAAUGACAAGCUAAAAGGGUUUACAGAUUUCGACAAUAAUCAAAUUGCCGACCAUGUCUUGGUAUUUAUGAUCAAGGGUGUGAAAGCCAAUUACAAGCAGCCAGUGGCGUACUAUUUUACGAAUAGUAUAAAUAAAUGGAUUUUGAAGAAUUUAAUUACAGAAGUAAUAAAAAAACUUCAAGAAACUGGACUGACUGUUCUGUGCACAGUUUGCGAUCAAGGCGCGGCAAAUGUUGGUGCUAUCAACGAAUUAAUACAAGAUAGCAAAACUAAAUAUUUUAGAGCAGGAAAAGCGUGGCGACACGAUUUUUUCGAGGUAAAUAAAAAACAAAUAAUUCCAUUAUUUGAUGUUCCGCAUAUGAUCAAAGGUUUAAGGAACAAUUUAUUAAAUAAAAAUUUGAUUUACAUAGAUUACAAUGACGAAAAUAAGCAAAAAAUUGUGAAGUGGGAAUACUUUCAGCGUGUUUUCGAAGCUGACAAGUGUCUAGGUGAAUUAAGGUGCCUUUAUAAAUUAACAGAGGAACAUUUAAAUCCGGACAAAAUUAAAAAAAUGCGAGUAAAAAAUGCAGCUCAAAUAUUUAGCCACAGUGUUGCUGUGUUUACGGGACAUUUGUCAGCUAGAAAACUUGUCGCUGAAGAAUGUCGCCAAAUAAUACCUUUCGUAUCAAUGAUUGAUAAAUUAUUUGAUUCAUUGAAUUCAUCCACAUUAUACAUUCCUAAUGGAAAAAUUUAUAAAGGUUGUGUGCGCAAAAAUUCUCCUCACCAUCAACUUUGGCAAAACGCUAUAAAAUUAUUAAAAACAAUGAAAUUUAUUAUAGGGAAAAAAGACAACACCAAUAAAAUUCGUUUUGUUGAAUCAGUUACACCAACUAUUAAAAAUUUUAUAAGAACAUUAGAAGGUUUUCAAGCUCUGUGGACCGUUUUAUCUCAAAAAUAUUCAUUUGAUUGCAUGUUAACGAGACACUUCAAUCAAGAUCCAUUGGAAAAUUUUUUCGGGAACAUUCGAAGUUGUGGUGUGCGUAAUGUUGCCCCUAAUUGUAUUUCAUUUGAAGGGGCAUACAAAUCGCUACUUUUAAAUAAUUUUAGCUCACCCCAUUCCAUACAAGCGAAUUGUGAAAAAGACAGCUAUAAUUGUUUACAAAAUUUAAAUUUUUACUUGAAUGAAAAAAAUAUGAAUAUGCAUGUUUCCGAAGUACUUGAUCAGGACAAUGAUUUAAUUAAUUUAAGUAACGAUGUUUUCGAAAACAAUGACGAAAGUGACGUAGGUCAAAGUAAUUAUGUAUGUGGAUGGGUAUUGACGAAGUGUCUCACAAAUGUAAUAAAAGGAUGCAGAACAUGUAAAAAUGAAUUAGUGACUACAGAAUGCAGUAACAAUAAUGCUUAUAUUCGUGCAAAAGAAUAUAAUAAAAAGAAACGGUGGUUAGUUUACCCAUCAACCCAGUGCGAGAAAACCUUCACUGAAAUACAGAAUAUCACAGUUUCCACUUUAAAAAAAAAUGUUCCGAAAGAGAAUUUAAUGAAAAAAAUUAAGGACCUUACAAAUGUCUUAGUAUAUUUUCCCUGCAGUUGUGAUGUUCACUACGAUAAAUUACGAUCUUUGUUUGAAGAUACGUCAAUUAGAGUAAUUGUUUAUAGUUGGUGUAGAGGCAUAAACCGAAUUUUAUCGGGUAAAAUGGCAUAUGAUGGUGACGAUGAAAAUAAAGUGAUCGCACAAAUUUAUUAUAAUAAACAUAAACACUGUAAAAUAAAAAAAUAAAUAAUAUUUUGUCUAUAUUUAUUUGUUUUCGUUACUUUUACCCAGCGCCAUUCAUGGAUUUGCCAUACUUCACUGGCAGGCUUCUUUAUUAGCGAAACAUUCACGCAACGGAUUAAGAUAAGGUUUUAACAUCAGAAUAUAUAAUAUUAUAAUGAAUUUCUUUCGGAAGGUUUUUAAGUACGUGCCUAUAUGUUUUUCAUUGUGCAAUAAAGUAUAUUUAUAUUUUACAAUUUUCAUGGAAUAUGAGUGAAUAUAUGGAUAUUAUAAACCGCGGACGUUACAGCUAGCAGUUAAUAAAGAAGCUUCGUGAUUUCAUCAUACUGGGAGAAAUACCGCAGAAAAAUAGCAUUCUACUGUAUUUCGUCCUUACUUAGAAAGAACCAAUUGCUGGGCGCGCAAAUGUGACAACUCCGUGGCAUAUAGUAAAACUAAAUAUAAAUCAGUGGACCAUAGUAAGGUAUUAUUGUAAUAAGUGUGCAUAUAAAUUUAUUUUCUGAAAAUAACCUUAAAUCAUGUGUACAAUAAUACCUCACUAUGGUCCAUUGAUUUAUAUUUAUUAAUAGCGCGCCUAGCCUAGCUACAUAUAUACAUAUUAUGUAUACCUAUAGCGUGCGUAACUCGUACUAGUUGUCGAUCUUGUUCAGAGAUGGCGCCACACUUCAAUUAGUGGUGUCAAAAUUUACUGCAAGGGGGCUCUCUUUUCCUUUGGUAUACU